AAAAGAAGCGCUCGCAGGCGAACACAGACGCAAAGGGACUGUCUCUUAUUACAACCGAGGAAACACGUUCUGCACCUUGCGCUCUCGAAGAAUACUCACUCCAAGUCAGAAAGGUAGCCUUUGGACUUUUGAGUUGCAGAAACUUAGUUUUGGCAGCACCUGACGCGACGCGGAUUGACUGCAGCAGCAGUCGGGUGAUUUGGAUGUGGUCAUUACGCACUGAGGCUGCCUGUAGAGCUGGACUUUAAGAAGCGUAUUGUUCUGGGCUUUCUUUCACUUAUUCUUGUCUGAACAAUCACAUGACGCAAAGUUUCACUUGGAGUCCAGGUUCUUUGGUGAGACUGUGUGCCUGCCUUGUGGAGUCGCGUGUGUUUUUGCUGAUAACUCGCAAGGAAACAUGAACGUCUCCUUCUUCGACGUGACCCAGGGCGCGCUGUUUAACGGGAGUCAGACCCUCGCUGGAACUCUGGCGACAUACUCCGGCAACGGCACCGGCAACGUGGUGACCGGCGACGGCGGAGGGUCUCUGGUGCUGGUGCAAGACGAGCGCAAACUCUUCGUCAUGCGUGUGGUGCAGAUCGCGGUGCUGUGCGUGUUGUCGCUCACCGUUGUGUUCGGUAUAUUUUUCCUAGGAUGCAACCUGAUGAUCAAAUCGGAGAGCAUGAUUAACUUCCUGGUAAAGGACCGGAGACCCUCCAAAGACGUGGAGACGGUCAUGAUCGGGCUCAGCUAGAGCAUGGAGAGCAGGUACUGUGGAGAACUGGAGCGGAGAUCCGGUAUGAGGAUCUGAUGCGCGUUUUCCUCCUGCAGGUCAAGAUCUGCAUCUGCAUGUACUUCUCGAAGACGCUCUCUGUGUCUUAGAGAGGAAAUAUAUGCAAAAACUUCAUUAUUUCCUUCUGAAAACCGAAUACAGGAAAGUAGUCCAGCGACCAAUGUCCGUGCGUAAAGUGUGUGCGUAAAACACGGGAAAUUGUUUACACGUGGGCCGAUCUGUCUAUUGAUCUGUUUUGAGUGAAUUUAAUGUUGCCAACUUGAACAAAGUGACGAAAAUGUUUACAAGUUACCUCAUUUUUUUGUUUCGCUACUUUUUUCUUUUUUUGUAAAUUUGAACUGAUUGUUAAUGAAUGUUUUUAAAACUGUCAAAACGCAUGAUUGUGAAUUCUUAUACUUCCACGUCAGCCAGUGUACUAUGUGGACGUGAUGGACAUGUGGGUAUUCCUAUACAAAGUAUUUUUCUUGGUCUCGUUUGGUAAAAAUACACUUUAAUUGAUGAAAUCUUGCACGUUUUUCAACAAACUCCGUCACAGCUUUAUGGAGUGGUUCUGGUCCUGUUUGGCAUGCUCGCUAAUUGAUCUGUAAAGUGAUUUUUGGACCCGUUUUGCACUUUUGAAAUCACUGAUGCUGCAUGAAUUAUUUUGUACGAAAAUACUUGAAAUUGCAGCAUGCAAUUAAAACAUUGAAAUUA